AGUUAGACACGCACCAGCUAGACACGAAAUAAGUACCAUAUGCUGGCUUUUCCGCGGACGAUUCGAAGACACGUACCAUCACCUUCAUGUGCCAGAGUCCACAGCAAUCAAUAUAUUUUCCGUUCAAAAUAUAAAUUGAAAACAAAAAAGACAAUACCAACUGUGCCAACGCUGAGCCCUGGCUUAACCCGAUGUUUGAGAUGUAUAGAGGAAUGAAAAGCCCAAUAUCUUACUUUUCAGACCAAAAACUGACUUUCUUGCACGUCUCUUCCGUUGUAUUACAAGGGCGGGAGUAAGGAAGACCAAUUACCUGCAGACAUCCCUAAAAUUUACGUGCUAGACCGACAGCAUCGCAUUAUCUUCGACCAGCCUCUUCCCCAUUUCCUUCUUCACCCUGAGGUGCAUUGCGGGUGAUGUGAGGUCCGAAUAUUACCGUCGACCUUGUCACAAGAUGAUGAUAGUCUAGUGACACUAUCCCGGGCGUCCAGGAUGGUCGUCAUCGAGUACCACUGUGAGAUUGAGGCCAAGGGAUGUCCUGUGGUUGGUACAGUGGAAGUUACAGCGAUACACCGAAGGCUCAUGAGGAGUGAGUGAGCCUUAGCGUGAGGCACUGUGCCACCCCUCGGCGCCUGCAUCACGCCCGGGGUCCUGCUGUGUGUUGUGGAUGGGCGGUGAUGGUGGUGACGUGAGUAGCGAUGCGGGCGGCAUGACGCUGUCCACGCCCACGCCACCACUCACGCCCCCGCACCCUGCAGAUCAUGUGCACAUCGCAAGUUCAACACGCAACUCUGUGUCAGCCCAGGACGCGCACAGCUUUAGUGUGGGCGUGUGUGUGGGUGUGGGCGUGGCUGGGUGUGUGGGGCGGGUGUCCCAAAGUGUGCGAGUGUUUUUGGCGCGACGGUAAGCAGAUGGUGGCUUGUCGAGACGCACAAUUCAUCGAUAUUCCUCGAGGGAUCGAAUCCACGACGCAAGUGCUGGAUCUCAGUCACAACAACCUGAGGAUACUUCCGCGCGACUCUUUUGUUUACACGGGCCUCCGCAGCCUGCAGAAGGUCAUGCUCAACCAUUGCAACCUGAUUCUUCUGGAGCACGGCGCGUUCAACGGCGUAGAGAACAUAAUGCAGCUUGACUUGAGUAACAACCAUCUACGCUCCGUGCCGUCGGCGGCGCUAAUGGACAUGUUGGGCUUGCGUGAAUUGCGUAUUGCUCACAACGCACUCACCUCCGUGUCGGCUUCAGCCUUCACACGCACCCCACACAUCGUCCAGCUCGACCUGAGCCACAACCAAAUUAACACCAUCGAGCCUGGAGCCAUCAGAAACCUGACGGAAUUAGAAGUUUUGAAUUUAUCUUAUAAUAAACUUAUUUCCCUGAAUGCGAGUGAACUCGAGCCUCUGGUUCUCUUGAGAGUAAUUCGAAUAGACGGAAAUCCCUGGCACUGUGACUGCCAUUUACGGUCGCUUCGUUAUUGGUUUCAUUUCCGGAAUAUGGAGGCGUCUGUGCCGCCCUCCUGCUCGCAUCCCAAGUGGUUGAUGGGGCAAGACUGGCCGCUGCUGGCUGAGGAAGAGUUCCUCUGUGCACCUAAGGUCUCAGCCGAAGCCCCAAGGUUGCUGGCGGCGCACGGUGAGAAUGUGUCGUUGCUGUGUCGCGUUGAAACAGAGGUGGAGGCUACUGUUACGUGGUUCAUGGGCGACGUUCCUUUGUACAACGAUAGCGAGCUACAGCGAUACUACGUAGUGGAACUGAUGACCUCGAGGAACAUGUCCUAUGUGUCAAACUUGACUAUUACCGAUGUGGUGUCCGAAGAUCAGGGUACGUACCGGUGCGUGGCGGAGAACAGAGCGGGGCUCAGGGAGACCAAUUUCACGCUCCAGGUGUCGCACAAAGCGGCGGAAGUAAGAAUUGCCAACAUCGAUGUUAGUUACAUAAAGGAGGGUCUCUUGGGCGGAUUCUCCAUUCUGAUUUUUGUGUUACUUCUCGUGUGUAGUAUAGUGUAUUGCAAAGUCCGAGUGAGUCGUGGCCAACGACAGGACGAAGACAGUGUGGAAACGGCCCAAUCAUCGAGAGGCUCUGACUGCGAAACCCCCCACAAGCUGGCUGGAUACCACAUGGUACCGACCAGCGAACUGGACUCUUCGCCUUGCAGACAGCCUCCAGAACCCUCCUGGAACGUGAGACAUAGACGUGCUUCAGGGGACUUCGCCCCUGCCAGUGUUCUUGAUACGAACGCUGCUGAUCAGAGACAGGAAAUGCCAGAAUGCCCAGGGGCACAGGCCAUGGCAUCCAAUGCCGUGUCCUUCGUCGAGAGCCCUAAACUCGAUGUUUGUGGUAUGCACCACGCCACACUAGACAGAGCCCAGUGGAAAGACAUGGUCUGCAAUAAGGAUAUUUUUCUGCAUAGAGUGUGUAGUCGCUCGGUGUCUCAGGUUUCCUUAGGGAGUGGAAAACAGUACCCAGAUCUGUUGGAUCUGCCACACCCACAGUUCGGAGUGCAACUACAACAGCAGAUGCAGCUGCAAGACGGUGGACAGGAAAUGCAGCAACUCAGCGCAGCCUCCUGCAGUAGACCUGUUCACCCCUGCAGGAGGACGUACAGCGACGCUGGGUGUCGAACGGGGCCACCUGGUUCCCGUGACGUGGUGGGACAUGACACCUUACAUCCACUGGCCCAGGCUAUCCUCAACUCCCACGGUCACACAGACUGCAAUAGAUCAUCAAGCGCCUUGAACCUGGCCCUCAGUCAAGCAGCGUCCAACGCGUACGCCAACGCCCACUUGCCAGUGAGUGGUCACCCAUGCUUGGCCGCCCCACAUGUGCUUGACGUCACCCACGGUCAAGAAAUGCUCCAGCUUAACCCCGCCCACAGGAUCGAGGGCGCUGCCGGAGGCGUCUGUAGUCAGCAUCGAACUGCUGAUCCCUGUCACUUCGAGUACCACGCCGCGCAGCUCGAGAAGUUCCUGAAGGAGUACCGCUGCCUCCAGGAGCAACUCAUCCACAUGAAGAAGUCCUACGAGGCUCAUCAAAGAGCCGGCACUGUCCCCACGUUGGAUUGCUGUCCUCCCAUUACUGGAAGUUCUAUGGGCUCUUCGCCAGCAUUUCCUGAAGGUCUUCCGUGUUGCUCUUGCAAUCUUCAAGUACCGUGCACGCAACGUUCUGCACUACAACCGUUACUCGGCAGCUUUGCAGAGACUUCCUUGACGGAGGGAACAGCUGGUGUAUAUAUGAAGGACUCUGUAACCACUUCGUCGACUGGUGAUUUUAACGAUCUUCCCAGACCACCGGUGUCCAGUGACAGCUGCGUGGAGGCUGCUCUGGCACCAGGGCCCUCAGUUGUAUAUGUGGAAGCUCCGAUGCCCCCUGCGGUCCGGUACGUGGAUAGUCCUGUACCGCAAAUACAAGUUAGUGGAUACACAGACCCGCCGACGUGUCCGCCAGAGGGAGCUGAGUCCCCCGUACACCACAGUCCGGCUAGAGGAAGCCCAAGUGGCAAGACAUCUUCAAGGGGUCCGAAAGAACCACUGAAAUCCAUUUUAAAAAAGAGUAGCGAUGGUGGAGGGCGGCGUCGCUGUGACCAGUGGAGCCGAAACGCCUGCUGCGACAGUCAGACACCCCCGUACAUGGCUGCAGAAUCCCAUCCUCCAUCUGAAGGGUAUCCAGCAGUUGAUUCCUAUUCACCAGCGAGCCAGUGUUCGACAGCUGAGCAUCAGUAUCCAACUGGAGAGCCUCAUACGACCGCCGAGCUGAAUACAACUACUGACUCUCACCCGACCAACACCACCACCACCACACCCUCACAGCACAGUUGCUACGACUCCUGAACCACAAAGCACAG